GUUCUAAAGCCCCCCUUACACCUGAGUGUGGUGUACUCCGUUUUGAAACUGAAUGCGGCCAGUAGAGCCAAUAUUAGUAGAAGCAAACCUGCUACGAGCUUGUAGAUUCGUAGGACAACUACUUGUGAAGUGUGUGUGUGUGUUUGUGUGUCUGUAAAAGUAUAAUAAGAUAGGUUACAUCGCCAAGUGUCCGGUGUGAACUGUGAAUGAGGAUGGUGUGUAGGGCAAGUUCGUUUAAAAACCCAUCCCGAAUCGCAUCGUUUAGUUGACGAGCUGCUGACUUUCAAGCAUAAUAUAGUGUCGUAAAACGUGGGGGAUUUAAGGGCAUAUUUAGUUGUGUGGUGUUCGGUUGCCCGGUUUAUCUGUGACCUAAAAUCGCUGUUUGAUUGUUUUGAUCAUAAUAUAUCGCAAAGUGUUGGUGUCGUGGGGUGUGUAGCCACUACCUCAGUAGCAAAAAGCCCGGCGAUUGACCGGUAAGAAACAUGUCCUCAGGAACGGCGGGAGGUGGCGCAGGAAGUGGCGGAGGAGGAGGUGGAGCCGGCCUGGCUGGCAAUAGUAGUAGUAGCGGCGGUAGUAGCAGCACCAGCGGCAGCAAGAAGCGGCUCGCCACGCUGAACGGCAUCCCGGCGAGCGUCGACGACAAGACGAACGACUUUCUCUGCCCCAUCUGCUUCGAUAUCAUCAACGAGGCGUACAUCACGCGAUGCGGCCACACGUUCUGCCACCAGUGCAUCGCGCGAUCGAUCGACGUCGCGAAAAAGUGCCCCAAGUGCAACUAUCCGCUCGCGUCCCACGAGCACAUUGUGCCGAACUUUCUGCUAAACGAGCUCAUCACCAAGCACCGGUUGAAGGCGGGAAUUUGCGGUGGUGGUGGUGGUGGUGGUGGUCUCCUGCAUCGGCACAAAUCCCUGCCCGGUGAAAACUCACCCCAGUUGCAUGCGGGCGGUGUGGGUGGUGGUGGUGGUGACGCGAUGCCCGGCGGUGAAGGCGACACAUUGAAGCACUUUCUGGCGACGGAAUCGAAAAAGCUCUCCCUGUCGGACGUGAACGUGAUGCUGGAGAUACUGACGCAGCGCAAAACGCUGCUGGAAGCGGAAUCGUGUGCCGCGCAAAACCGACUGCUGCACGAAUUCUUGAAACAUCUGCUGAAGCAGAAGGAACAGCAGCAGCAGCACAUCGCGAACGAGAUCGCACUGAUCCGGAACGAUCUGCUCGACGUGGAGAAGGUGCUGAAGGACGUGCAGAGCAGCUGCCCGACGGUGGCGGAGGUAGAGCAGAGCGUCCGGGACGAACAAGACGAGAAUGUGGUCGCGAUCAAGCGGCAGAUCAUACAGAUCAUAGACACGAUCGAUAAUAUUACGGUGCCGUCGAAUCGAUCGCUGAUCGACGAAACGUGCUCGAACGCGAGCGAAUCGUACGAAGGGUUCAAUCUGCACGGCGCACACCGUGGCCAGGGAUCGCUGGCGGGUUCGCUAUCGUCCACGCCGUCCUCGUUUUUGGCCCGAAAGCAACGGAUGUACCAACACUUUGACGACUUUGUGCAGUGCUACUUUGCGGCUCGGUCCGAAGAUCUGUACUUCGGGAAGGAUCGUUCGUGCAGCUCCGAUUCGCUCGGGGUUGGCGAACGAUCCACCUCGAGCGGUGCUAGCAUCGGUACGGGCACGGGUCUCGGCGGUGGCCUGGGCGGCAGUUUAAGCAGCGACCGGUUAAUGGGUGCCGCCACCGCCUCGAACGCUUCCAGCCAGUCUAAUCUCGACAAUAAUACGCGGUCCAGCGGACGCUCGUCGCUGGACACAUUCCGGGAGAGUUUGAGCAAAUUCUCCAAGUACAGUGCGCUGCGGCCGCUGGCCACGCUCAACUACUCGAACGAUUCGAACUUCGUCUCGACGAUCGUGUCGAGCAUCGAGUUCGACAAGGACAGUGAGUACUUUGCGAUCGCGGGCGUCACGAAGCGGAUCAAAAUCUUCGAUUACUACACCGCCAUCCGGGACGCGGCCGUGGACAUCAACUAUCCGAUCAACGAGAUGACGUGCAACAGCAAAAUUUCCUGCGUCAUCUGGAACAGCUACUUCAAGCAGGUGCUGGCGUCGAGCGAUUACGAAGGCAUCGUUACGAUCUGGGACGUGCAGACGCGCACGCGCACGAAAACGUUCGAGGAGCACGAUAAGCGGUGCUGGUGCGUGGACUUUAACGAGGUCGACACGCGGCUGCUUGCGUCCGGGUCGGACGAUGCGCGGGUGAAGCUGUGGUCGCUGAACGUGGACCAUUCGGUGGCCACGAUCGAGGCCCGGGCGAACGUGUGCUGCGUGAAGUUCAAUCCGAAAAGCUCGUGCCAUUUGGCGUUCGGGACGGCGGACCACUGCGUCAACUAUUACGAUCUGCGCAAUCUGAAGCAACCGCUGUGCCUGUUCAAGGGACACCGGAAGGCGGUAUCGUACGUCAAGUUUCUCAACACGGACGAGAUCGUGUCGGCCAGCACGGACGGGCAGCUGAAGCUGUGGAACAUCAACUCGCCCCCGUUCUGUCUGCGCUCCUUUACCGGCCAUAUUAACGAGAAGAACUUUGCCGGGCUCGCGACGAACAAUGAUUAUUUGGCGUGCGGCAGUGAGGACAACUCGCUGUGCGUGUACUACAAAGGCCUUUCCAAGCAGCUGUUUAACCUGAAGUUUUCGAGCACCGGUGGCAGCACGGGUGGAGGUGGUGGGGGUGGUAGUGGUGGCGCUGGAACGGGAAGUGCCGCCGGUACCGGAAGUGGUAGCAAUAGUAGCUCGCGCACGAGCGGCCUCCAGUCGACCGAUAUGGAGCGCAGCAACUCGGAAGGGAACGAGUUUGUGUCGGCGGUUUGUUGGCGCAAGCAGAGCAACAUCAUCAUUGCGGGAAACAGUGAGGGUGUAAUUAAGAUUCUGGAAAUAGUGUAGAAAGGGUCCGGCAGGUUCAACGGGGCGUGGUAAGGAUAACGCUGCACAAUAAACGAUGGUACGAGCAGGCGCUGUGCAGAAAGGGGCGGAAAGUGCCGUUAUUUAGUGAGUACUUUUGCAACCACCCCAAAAGCAGGGAGGGUGGAUUGUAGUUUUGUAGGUAGGGCAAAGGGACACGGCUGGAAUAAUGCACACCAUGCCAGUAGUGUGUGUGCGUGUGUGUGUAGGGAGAAUUUUUCUAAGGAGAAGAACAGCCAAGCUAACAAGCCCUUAUAUUUCAAAUCGUGGUUUUAUCUUCCAAUGCGCCAGCAUCCCAGUUUUGGAGGUAUAAGCAUAUAGUUGUUAGAAACGAUGAUGCAUAUUGCAUCGGAUGUAUGUAAAUUCGUUUAUUAUACGUCAACAAGCGAGCGUCAGAGGGACGCGAUUCCUUUGAAGUUGAUUUAGUUGACAGUAAAAACAAAAAUCGAGUUCGUGUUCUUUACUAAUAGAAUUGUUUUAAACCCUAGACGGAUACAUUUGCUGACUUGUGCAGAUUUGUCGAUAGUGUUGUUUCGCUAUGAAUUUUAAUAAUUCUCAACCAACUUAUCAUUCGUUGUGCAAACAGGCAAACUACUUCACUACAGAGGGAAACAAGGUAUAGAAACCAAUCACGAAAAGCAAUAUUAUCAACGUUUUUGGGUGUACUUACUUUAAUAAGGAUCGGUUCAGACAGAAUUGCUCUAGGUUGUUUCACCUAUCCUCAAGAUGACUCCCGAACCUAGAACACUUAGUCGUAGUCGUCCAAAAUGUACUGCCACUUGCGUGUUUCGGAUCCUGUCGUAGGAAUAUGGGUUUGAUCUUCAUAUAUUUUCCAAGCUCAAAACAGUUAGUUUGAAACUACAGCAAGUUUCACCUUCCCGCGAACAUCAAACAAUCUAUGCUUUGGAUAGCGGGUAGUUGAGGUCUCGUACGAGUGAUGUGCAAACUGAG